AUGGACAAAUUGUUACCAUUUGUGAAAAUGGUUCGUCAGAGUCCCCGUCUACAUGUUACAGAUAAAAAGAUUAGAUCCACUGUCUCCACGUCACCUCCUACUAAGAAACAAAAGACUACGAUUACGGAUACUAAAGUUUCUUCCACCGUAAUCAACGUAUCAUCUAUUGUCAAAUCAAAAAAGGUCAAGACCAAUUCCGCAAAUGAGACCGCAUGGGGAGCACUCUUUUCAGCGCCACAUAAAAAGAAUCAUACAUACGCUCGUCCAAUAACAGCGGAGCCCAUCUCCCCUACACUUCAAGCCAAAAUUGAUGCGUUUCCAUCUUUUGAGGACGUUUCAAAACGAUCGGACGACACGAUUGGAACAAAAAUUGUCGCAUGGAACGUCAAUGGUCUCCGAGCUGUCCUCAAACGAGACGAUAGUAUCCAUCUUCGUGCUUAUGUGGCUCAGGAAGAUCCAGAUAUUUUCUGUCUCAGUGAGACAAAAAUCUGCUCUGAGGAGCUACAGAAACUUGAGGAUUUUUUACCACACUACAAGCACCAAUUCUGGUCCUGUGCAGUGAAAAAAGGUUAUGCUAGUACAGCCAUUUUUAGCAAGAUCAAGCCAUUGAGUGUCCGAGAUGAACUUCUAGUAGGAGAUCACGAGUCCAAAGGGGUCAAGAAUGCUGCCAAUGGAAAAAAGGAUCAAGAAGGACGCUUUUUAGCGCUCGAGUUUGACAAGUUUUGGCUGGUUCACACAUACGUUCCUAAUGCAGGAGGUAAGCUGGAACGGCUGGAUUUCCGAACCAAUCAAUGGGACAAAGCUAUGCUGCGUGAGAUGAAGGAAAUGGACAAGUCCAAGCCCGUGAUCUGGUGCGGGGACCUGAAUGUUGCGCACCAAGAGAUCGAUAUUCACAACCCCAAGGGCAAUCGCAUGAGCGCUGGCUUCACGGUUGAAGAGAGACAGAGUUUUAGCGAAAUCUUGGACAGUGGAUUCGUGGAUACCUUUCGCCACUUACAUCCGGACAAGGUCGAGUACUCGUAUUUUGGCUAUCGACACAACAUGCGUGCAAAGAAGAAGGGCUGGCGACUCGACUACUUUGUUGUGUCCAAGGCAUUGAUGCCGAUUGUGCGGUCGUCGUUUAUCCGGCAAAGUGUUGUUGGUAGCGACCAUUUGCCUAUUGGACUGGAGCUUGGAGACUUCCCGUGA